GCGCGAUGGAUGGCGCCGGAGAGCUUGCUGAGACAUCGCUACUCGGAGAAGAGCGACGUGUGGGCGUUCGGGGUGACGCUGUGGGAGGUCUGGACUUACGGCAAAGUCCCUUACUGGGCCAUCACCGACGAUGAGCUUGUAGGACCCAAGGUUGUGGACGGGGAGCGACUAGCGGCUCCUGCUGCAUGCCCUCCAGCAGUGUAUGCGAUCAUGCGAGAGUGCUGGCGGGAGAAGAUCGAGGAGCGGCCGAGCUUCAGCGAGCUGCGGAAGAAGCUU